UAUACUUUUCUCUUCCCUUUUAAGCUUAGAAUAUUUCAAUUCUACGCACACAAGUUCAGCCAUUUAUGACUAAUGUAUAAUUGCUCUUCUCAUCCGUUACCUCCGUUUCAAUUCUCCGCUCAUCUCCUGCACUGCAUACUUCUCGCUCCACUCCGCCGCACUUACUUACAAGUUUAGAUGCAAGAUGCAAACACACUCUCCGUGCGAAUCGAUCACGUCCCACAACGAACAAAAAUCUCAGGGAGUGCCCAGAAGCCUCACUCAGGCGAAAUCACCCUCGCCUUUGAGUGAGCUGAGAAGCUCCGCCACUAUCUUUAAGUGAACCGUUGCUGGAAUUUAAGACCUCGAGAAGCUUCGCCUGCCUCUCUCUUAGCCGAAAGCAACCCCCUUUCGAAGAAGUCAAGACCGCGCCUCACAUUUGUUGAGGCGUUUCUAGAUUUGUAGCAGAAAAGCAAGGAAAGUAAGAGAAGAAGAUGUACACUUAUUUAAUGAUCGAGUUAUGGGAUAUUUUAAUCACAUGUACUUUUCUAUCUUAUGCUCGGGAAAACAGGAGAAGAAAAAUGCAGACUUCUUAUGCUCAGAAAAACUUUCCAAGAUUCAGAUUGGUUUAGAUUGGUUUGAAUUGUAAACAAGACGUCUACAAUUUCAUCAAAUCAGGAGGUUGUUGAUCGAAGAUGCGAAAUCAACUUUUAGUUCAAAAGCUCCUGCAUCACUUCAAUGAAUUACAAUUUACAAUACUAAGGUCUCCUUUAAGCUAUCUGUCGAUUGAACGAUGUUGGCCGUAGUAGAUUCCAAUUUGCUUACACGUUCAGCGAGAACCUGCAAUCCACAAAAGAGGUUGUUGAUCGAAGAUGCGAAAUCAACUUUUAGUUCAAAAGCUCCUGCAUCAUUUCAAUGAAUUACAAUUUACAAUACUAAGAAAGUGCUUCAGCCUCCUUAGGGAGAUUUUCUCCGGGCUUGUGAAUAGCUCCCCCGGCUAGAAACAAUCCUUCGUUAUCUCUGGCAACCCAUCCAAGUCCAAUAGCACCAGAUCUGCGAUGGACAGCUUCGUCAACAUUGACCUUAUUUCAACCUGCCUCAUGUCUGACCCAAAACGAGGCCACUGGAGCUACCUGUUUAGCCGUUGAACUCCCCACCUGGGCUCGUCGCCAAGCUUCCAGAGACGAGUUUCAACAGCUGCAAUUCUCGCCACAGAAACAGCUAUGUUGUUCCACAAUUUCUCGUUUCUGCUUCUCCAAAUACUCCAGAGAUACACGACAAAGCUGCCUCAAAAAUUCUCAUCCCGCAUCUAAAAAUCCUUCUGUCCAGGCCACAAAAGACUGCCCUGCAACUUGAUGGAGAAGAAUAAGAAGACUGCUUCAUCUGAGAAAACUGGUACCUUCACCGACUAUUAUGUAAUUGAUCCAAAGCAGCCCCAGCCCCAGUCCCAGGUUAUGAUGAAUAGUAAGAUGAUGAUAAAAGGAAGGUAGAUGUUGACAUCAACAUAGUUCUCACUUCUUGAAGAGGUUGAAGAGAUGAGUAGGGAGGAGGAAGCAGUGAACCAGAAAACAGAGGGUAGAAUAAAUGAAGAACAUAAAGAGGUGAGUGCACAGAAGGUGUCUGAGAAAGAGGUACGUGAGUGCACAGAGGUCUUCGGCUGAGAUACAUAUCAACAGAGGAAGAUUUUCCUGAGUAUGAGGGCUAUUCAUCUUCACACAGAAACCUGGGGAAUUAGAUGUAAAUUGGUAACACAUGAACGAGGUUUGGUUGUCUUUCGGAUAAAAAACAAAUGAAGAAGAUUGAACAAAAGUACUUAUGGAGGGGCCUAAUGUUGUCACGGGGAGAGCACUAAUGUUAAAAAAUAUGCAGGCACGGUUUAGUUAUGAUGAUGAGGAGUUCUUGAGAGUACCCAUGUGGACUAUACUGCCUCAAACUACCUAUGGAUUGUUGGAAGGAGGAGAUAUUAGGAAGAUCGCUUCAAGAGUUGGCUUGCCUAUAUUCAAUCACGGUAUUACUAGUGAGUAGUGACAACUGACAAGAUGAGAUUGGAUUAUGCUAGAAUAUUGGUGGGAGUUGAUGCUUCUAAGCCUCACACUUUGUUUGUCGAUAUCAAGCUUCCCUCUAGGCAGAAUAGAAGACAAUUCAUCAUCUAUGAGACCUUCCCUAAUUACCGUUUUCACUAUAAAAAGCAUGGACAUGAUGCUUUUACGUGUAAGCCCCUCCACCAGCUAGAAAGAAAAAAAACAAUUGGGGAAGGAUCAUAUAGUUUACUACACCACAGAUUCAAUUGGGGAGAUCUUAACUCUGGUAGACACUGAGCUGUGGGAGAACAAGGCUGAUGAUAUUGUAAAGGAUGAUGCGGUACCAGAACCCAGUAAAUAUCGAAGGAGCUAACAUCUUACCUAAUCCUUGUGAGGAAGUUUCUGCUAUAAAAAGGGAAAAAGAGAAGGUUGCUCGGGAAGAGAAACGGGAAAAGGAAACACUAUUUAUAGCAUUUUUCAUUGAAGCAUCUAACCACACACUUUGUAGAUAUUCUGGCUUUGUAGUUUUGGCACUUAUCCUCGGAGGAUUUAGUUUUCCAAAUAUUGGGGACACCCUACUAUGUGUGAACAUAUCUAAAACAAGUGUUCCAAAUAUGAUGAACUUGUUCCUCACGAUUUCAAUCACUAGAUGAUGACUCCACUCAAAACUAAAUUGCUGGAUUAAUUCGAAACUUGUUCCUCACGAUUUCCA